UAACUAAAUAUUGUACAAUAAGUUGCAUAACUUGAUAUAGUCAGAGAAACAUUCUCCAACUUCCAAAACAUGUUUAUUAUUAAACAAUUAAAUAAAAACACGACAAAUCAAUUACGAAUAAUACGAAAAUGGUACUCCUCACGAAAUAUCUUACAAUUAAAAGAGAGAGGAAUGUGGCAGGAUAUAUUUCCUGAGAAUUCUGCAGGAGAAGUGAAAGACCUUCUAAAUGCAUCUCCUCAAUGUGUAUAUGCUGGAAUGGACCCUACAGCUCCAAGUCUUCAUGUUGGCAAUCUUUUAGUAUUAAUAAAUUUGUUGCAUUGGCAGAGAGGUGGCCACAAUGUAAUUGCACUGUUAGGUGGUGCAACAGGAAGGAUAGGUGAUCCAAGUGGCAAAAAUACAGAAAGAGAAAAGUUAAAUGAUAACUUUAUUAAUGGAAAUUUGUUAUCAAUCCAAAACAAUUUAGAAGUAAUUUUUAAAAACCAUAAGAAAUACUUUGCCAAAGAUAUGAAACUUGGAACAUUGACUAUAUUAAAUAAUGAAGAUUGGUACAAGAAAUUAACUCCUGUUGAUUUGUUGGGAAACGCUGGACGUUUUCUUCGAAUGGGAACGUUGUUAUCACGUACAAGUGUACAAACAAGAUUGCAAUCACCAGCAGGGAUGAGCCUAACAGAGUUUAGUUAUCAAUUGUUUCAAGCUUAUGAUUGGCUGCAUUUAUAUCAAAAUUAUGGGUGUCGUUUUCAGGUAGGUGGGUGUGAUCAAAUGGGAAAUAUAAUGUCCGGUCAAGAAUUGAUCAGUAAAGCAUGUAAAACGCAAGUAUAUGGUUUAACUUUACCACUCAUCACUACGGAAAUGGGAAACAAGCUGGGAAAGACGGCGGGUAACGCAGUUUGGCUCUCCGGUGACAAAACUUCACCGUUUACAUUCUAUCAGUUUUGGAUGCGCUUGUCUGACGCCGAAGCUGAAAAAAUGUUGUGUCUUUUUACAUUCGAAUCAAUUGGCGCAAUAAAUGAUUUAAUACGGCAACAUAGAGCAGCACCCGAAAAGAGACUGGCACAAAAACAUCUUGCUGAACAAGUUACGUUAUUGGUGCAUGGAGAUGAAGGUUUAGCAAAGGCGCAAGAAGCAUCUAAAGCUUUAUAUGAGGGCGAUGUGACUGCAUUGGCAAAGCUAGACAGUCUUCAGUUAGUUGAUAUGUUUAAAGGAGCUGAAGUUGUUGAAGUUUUGGCAGAAGCAGGGAUGAGUUUAAUGGACAUGUCUUUAAAAGUGGGCUGCUUUGCAAAUCAAAUUGAUGCUGCCAGAAUUAUAUCUGCUGGGGGAUUUUAUGUUAACCAAAAACGGGCGAAUAAUCCUAAUGAAGUCUUUAAUUACAACGUACACAAACUAGCUAACAAUAUUACUUUAAUUAGAGUCGGAAAAAGGAACUACUACAUUGUUAAAUGGUUGUAACGUGAAUAAUUAAAAGAGUAUAAGAGUA